AUGGCAUCAAUUUAUCGUCAAAAUCAUAAUGGUUUUUCUCCAAAGAGUCCUGGUUUACUUCCAAAUCCAAAUUCACCGAUUAUUAAAAGCUCUAACAUGGAUAAUUAUAUUAAAUCGUCACAUUUUCCAAUCCCGUAUCAAGCUGUUAUGGUAGUCGAAAGUUGCUCGAGUAUUGUUGAUAUUUCAUCAUGUGAUGGUACACGUUCUAUGUCGAAAGAUCCUUUCCCAAAGGCUGUUAUUAAAGCUAUUUCAUCGUAUAAUUUGUCUCAGCCUUCGUGGUCAACUUCGUAUUCAAACAAGAAGUUACUAUUGCGUGUUGAAUGGAAAAUAACAGCUCCAAAUGAUCCGAAAUCCGACUCUAAGUCGUAUGCUUAUUCGCCUGCAUUAAAUCCCUUAUCUACACCGUUUCAAUCGUCGUCUAAUGCCUCUAACACAGAAGAUUCAGGCUAUAAAUCGUUUGAUUCGAACGCGCGUUAUAAUGUAAACAAAUCCCGCAUAUAUUCUAACUCACCUAUGCAAAAUACUAAAUUAUUUCGUUCUCCUUCAAAUCGUUCUGAGCGACACGAUGUUUAUCGCCCUAAAUCAAGUGGAACUGAUAAUUCUCAAUCGCCUAGUAAUUCUAAACCGAAAAUCUUUCCUAAAACUGCCGAAACUCCGGUCGAAAGUGUGAACAAUUCCAGAUAAAGUCGAUUGUAUUAAUAAUUCACAGAGUCACGCGAGCAUUUGUAAUCAACAUAUUGAUAGCCACGCGAGCGGUAGUAUUGACGCCAAUAACAGCUCGGCCGCCGCUGAAGACCCCAACAAUCGUUUGCCUGCUAUUGAUCUUAAGUCCACCAACACUGACACCCUUAAUGACAAUUCUCUGAUAUCCGAGUCUACUAAAGUAACAUCUACCCCAUUUAAAUAUGAAAUCUUAAAGAAUUCAAAGGAUGGUGAUAUUCAUGCAGCCCUUAAUCCUAAGUGUGAAAAACAUGAUGCUAGCCUGAUGGAAAUUCAUGGGUCCUGCCGUAGAUGUAAUAAAGUUGUCGCCUCCUAUGAAUCUGAUGAUCAUUUCCUCCUAUGA